AUGGAGCAUAGAAUGCGUCUAAGGACAAAUGUUGCUUCAAGGGCUACAGAAAUCAAGAUCAGCAGCAAAUACGGUCCCAUAUAUCCCGAAAAGAAAUUUGAUGCUUCAUUUGCACAAAUGCGGCAUUCACCAUCACAAAGGUUCAACUCGUAUGUUUUACCUACGCCACAGGAAGCAAAGAGCAAGUACGAAACUUAUUAUUCUGGUCCAAUACUAAAAGAGAGCAAUGGUAAUACAAAAUCCAGCCGGUGGUCCAAUAACGGCAAAAGUUACCCUGAUCCAUUCUCUGGGUCACUUCUGCGGAACCCUGUGCCUUUCUUGUCUUCUACUGUUAAAUUAUCUUCACGGCUUUCUCCAAAUUUUGUGUCAUUGCCCAAAAUUAGUGAGCUUAAUGAGCUUCCAAUGCCCCCUGCUCACUUCUGCAGGCCUCCAAAUCGAAUCAUUCAUUCAGGGCCCUUGAUCUCCAAGGGACAAGACUUUCCUGCGGUAAAGAUUUUGUUUGUGAUGCGUACCGCAGCAUCCACCCUUCCGGUGCCUCCUGAGGUCAUUCCUCGAAGUUAUUCUAAUCCAUCCAGAGGCCAAAUAGAGGCAGCAUUGCAUGGGUCAAAACCAAUGAAGACACCUGAAACUUUAAAGAUCAACGAAGUGAUUCCUUCACUGCCACUGACACCUAUCAGCAUAGCAAAAGUGGAUCCUAUAUCACCUGCUUCCUAGAUCAACCAGCCAGUAAAAUGUCAGGAAAAGAUGUAUAGUUCGUAGUAGAUUCCGGGGCGUCUGGAUGCACAUUGAGUUGUUCUUCAACUUGAAGAACCAUCAAAAAGUAGAUGGCCAUGACGUUUUAUGACAGGUUGCUUGAUCUUCAUGGAAACUGGAAUAUGUAAAUAUUCUUUUCUUGUCUAUUGACCCACCCCUUUGUUUUUUUUGUUAGUAUAACCAUUAGGUUGACUCCCAUGACAUGAAAACACUAUCUGGUCUCUUUUUUGUGGGGA